AUGGAGUUUUUUAAAUCUAUUCCGACUCACAUCGACUAUGUCGGACAAGCAAAGGCAGAAAAACUCUAUAGAGCAAUAAUAACACUCUUCAGUAUCGUAGGAUUCAUAUGGGGUUACAUAGUGCAACAGUUUUCACAGUCGGUGUACAUUUUAGGCGCUGGAUUCAUAUUAGCUGCAAUUCUGACUGUGCCACCGUGGCCAAUGUACAGGCGUAAUCCCUUAAAUUGGCAGAAUCCAAGAAACACAGAUGAGAAACCAGCAGGCAAGAAAGGAAAAAAAUAG